CCCAGAGUCGGAAGAUGUGGGCAAGAUGGCGGAGCUGCAGAUGCUGUUGGAGGAGGAGAUCCCCGCGGGCCGCCGAGCGCUGCUGGACAGUUACCACAACCUGGACCGGGUGGCCGAGUACUGCGAGAGCAACUACAUCCAGGCGGCAGAUAAACAAGGAGCUCUCGAGGAAACUAAGGCUUACACGACUCAGUCCUUAGCAAGCGUGGCCUACCUGAUCAACACCUUAGCGAACAACGUGCUCCAGAUGCUGGACAUCCAGGCAUCCCAGCUCCGACGCAUGGAGUCGUCAAUUAAUCAUAUCUCACAGACUGUGGAUAUUCACAAGGAGAAGGUUGCCAGAAGAGAGAUUGGUAUCUUGACAACCAAUAAGAACACCUCUAGAACUCAUAAAAUCAUUGCCCCGUCCAAUCCUGAGAGGCCUGUCAGGUACAUCAGGAAGCCCAUCGAUUACGCCAUCUUGGAUGACAUCGGUCAUGGAGUGAAGGUCAGCACCCAGAAUAUGAAGAUGGGUGGGCUUCCACGAAGCACCCCACCCACACAGAAACCCCCCAGCCCCCCAGUGUCGGGAAAGGGCACCCUCGGCCGGCACUCUCCUUAUCGUACGCUGGAGCCUGUCCGCCCCCCAGUUGUCCCAAAUGACUAUGUACCAAGUCCAACUCGCAACAUGAGCUCCUCACAGCAACAGAGUCCGGUGCGGACGGCUUCUGUAAAUCAGAGAACAAGGACUUACAGCAGCAGUGGGAGCAGCGGGGGAAGCCACCCGAGUAGCCGCAGUAGCAGCAGAGAGAACAGCGGCAGUGGCAGUGUUGGGGUUCCCAUCGCAGUGCCAACUCCGUCUCCGCCCAGUGUUUAUCCAGGGCACACUCCUCAGUUCUACAGCAUGAAUCGACCAGUGCCCCGGCAGAAUCCUACCACUAUAGGAGGAUCUCUACCCGGUUACAGACGCCCACCAUCCAUGACCUCGCAGGGCAGUGUCCAGAAUCAAGUCAACGGGGGCCCAUGCUACAAUCAGAACCAGGCAACUGAAUCAAGAGCGCCACUCGCUCCACCCCCGCCUUCUAUUCUGCAGGUUACACCACAGCUGCCGCUGAUGGGCUUCGUGGCCAGAGUUCAGGAUAACAUUUCAGACGGCUCCACUCCACCACCACCUCCGCCGGCUGAAGAAGUAGUGUUUGACGAGUCACCCCCUCCUCCCCCACCACCAGAGGAUUAUGAGGAGGAAGAGACUGCUGUAGUAGAGUAUAGUGACCCGUAUGCAGAGGAGGAUCCACCGUGGGCACCCAAGAACUAUUUGGAGAAAGUGGUUGCUAUCUAUGACUAUUCAAAAGACAAAGAGGAUGAAUUGUCCUUCCAAGAAGGUGCCAUCAUUUAUGUGUUGAAGAAGAAUGACGAUGGCUGGUACGAAGGCGUGAUGAACGGCGUGACUGGUCUGUUUCCCGGCAACUACGUGGAAUCCAUCAUGCAUUAUGCGGAGUGACCCACAGAAGGCAGCCCCCCGGCAGCUGCACCCCCCCCUCCCACUGGUGCACCGUUGCACUCUGUGGCUUCCUGUUGUGCUGGAAAAGGCACAAGCUGAUAUGAAGGAUUUGAGUAAAACGAUACACACACAAAAAAAAACCCAACCUUUUAUUCAACCAGGAUGGAGUGAAGUGGCAUUGUCUCUCCGGAGUCUGUUAUUCCUGCUGCCGGUGUCGGCUCUGAUGACUGUUGAACUCGUUGUGAAAUGAGCGCUCUCUGUAUCUGUCUCACGCACACAACACACUGUCUCUCUAACACUCACAUGCCUGUUUCUCUCACACACAGUUUCUCACACACAUGCACACAAACACACACACACACACACACGCACAUACACUC